CGGCGCGGUAUAUAAAUGUUACAGCUGCACUGCGAUGCCUGUAAAGACAGUGUAGCAGUGCAAGCAUUGGCAGCGCAAGAUUGCAACAUGAGACUAACAGUGAUAUUCUUGAUCGUGGCGAUCAUGGUGUGCGCCAUGUUCCAGGAAUCCGAACAACAAUGGGGCCGCAGAAGAUUCGACAGAAGAAGAUUCGGCGGAAGAUUCGGCGGCGGAAGAUUCGGCGGCUUCAGCGGCGGACAAAGCCUUGGAUGCCGCCGUAGAACCACUACGCCGACAACCACUACGACAACCACUACGCCAGCGCCAACGGCAGCUCCAACGGCAGCGACAACGGCAGCGACAACGGCAGCGCCAACGGCAGCGCCAACGGCUGCAGGUAGAAGAAGACGCGAGAUCGUCAUGGAUGCAAGUCCAUUUUUGGCAAUGGAAGGCUAAUAAAUAUGUAAAACCAACCGCGGAUGAAAACAAUGGCGAAAUUUGACGUAUGACUUCACUAGAAAGUAGCAUAACUGUAAUUGCACUAUUUACAAUUAAUCAGAUAAACUAUCACUUGCAGUAGCAUCUGAAUUGAAUUGCAAUAAAAAUAUAUCAAACACUUGAAUAU